AGCAUUUUGUACGGGAGGAAAACAUAUUUUUUUAAAUGACUCCUUGCGUUUUUCGGAAUACCGAACUCGCUUAUUGGGAUAGGGUGCUAUCCCGCAAUGGGGGGAAGGGACUCGGACUGUACCCGUUGCGGUGGAUAUUAAAGACUGUGAUCUCUCGUUUCUCAGGCGCUAAGUUCCCCAUCAAAUGGACGGCGCCGGAGGCAGCGUUGUACGGGCGGUUCACCAUCAAGUCGGAUGUCUGGUCGUUCGGCAUCCUGCUGACGGAGCUGGUGACGAAGGGGAGAGUCCCCUACCCAGGUAUGAAUAACCGCGAGGUGCUGGAGCAGGUGGAGCGGGGAUACAGAAUGGCCUCUCCGCAAGACUGCCCCAGCUCCCUGCACGAGCUGAUGGUCCAGUGCUGGAAGAAGGACCCGGAGGAGCGGCCGACAUUCGAGUACCUGCAGGCGUUCCUGGAGGACUACUUCACGGCCACUGAGCCUCAAUACCAGCCCGGGGACAACCUGUGAACUCUGGCCCCCGGGCCGACCCCGGCCCCCUCACCGCACGGUGGGCGCUUGUAUGGACACCAAUCCUGGCUGACCUCCUCCAGACACUGGUGGCUUCUCGUGCCAAGGCCCCAAACGCCCGCACAGGCCUUUUCAAAAUGGCCGCCUUGGCAACUAGGACCAAGGCUAUUUUUUUUAAAUCGUUCCGAAUGUUAGUAUUGUAUAAUAUUGUUUUAAAAAGAAAACGAUGGAAUUGCCAUCUCUAAAAUGCUACUUAACGCUGAGAAGCCCCUCCCCCCCCCCCCCCC